AUGGUUUGUUAUCGCUGUGGAGGUCUUGGCCACACGAGCCGCGACUGUCCAAAGCCGCCGGGCGAGUGCCUCUGUUUCCGCUGCGGGCAGCCCGGACACAUGUGGAAGGACUGCACCAGCAACGUGGACGCGAAGGACGCCCCGUGUUUCAUCUGCCACGAGCCCGGCCACCGCGCCCACAGCUGCCCACUCGCACCGCCGGAGGAAAACGUACGCCAGCCGUGUUAUCGCUGCGGGGCGGAGGGACACAUCUCGCGCGACUGCACAAACCCGCGACUUCCACGUUCUGAACAGCCGUGUUUUCAUUGUCAUCGAGCAGGACACUACGCACGCGAGUGUCCAGAGGUGAUUGACAGCGUAAAGUGCAAUAACUGCGGGCUCACAGGCCACAUCGCACGCCGCUGCCCAGAGCGCACAAAGACAGCAAAGGCAUCACUGUCAUGCUUCCGAUGCGGCGGUCAAGGUCAUGUUGCACGCAACUGCCAGAAUCCGCGUCCGCAAGGUGAUGAGCAGCAGUGCUACGUCUGUGGAGAGAAGGGACAUUUCGCACACGACUGCAAGAACCCAGGGAUGAUGAUCGUGUAA